UCAUUGUAGUGACAAGGAAGGCAAGGUUAUCUAAGAUAGAUUUCUCCUGAAUGAAAAUCGUUUUAAAAAAGAAUGAUCACCAUGUAUAGAGAACAGGCCAUUCCAACCGACAUGAAAACUUUGUUACACAACUGAGUAGUCAACUAAAAUGUCAACUUGUCCACAGUGUACAAUUUAUAAUGGUAAAAAUAAAAUAUGUUUGUUCUGAUUGUCUGCAAAUAAUUUGGUAGACUAGUAAUAUAAUAAUGUGUUUUCCUUCACUCGCAAGACCUGAAGGUCCUAAAGUAUGUGUCUAUGGAGUGGUCAGAGAUGGAGAGAGAACUGGAGAAGCUCAGAGCCAAUCACAGCAGAGGGAUUGAAGGAGAGAGGAAGAAAAAUAACACAGCUUCAUUAGCAUUGUUAGAGAAAAAGUACACAUAUCUGAGUCAAUACUGCCACUCCACUUCAAAAGAGACAGUGUAUAAACCCUGUCCACAGGGCUGGGAACAGUUCUACUCCAAGUGUUACUACUUCUCUACUGAGAGGAAGACAUGGCUUGACAGUCACAGUGACUGCAGUAAACAGGGUGCUGGCCUGGUGAUUAUAGAGAGUAAAGGGGAGCAGGAGUUCGUCACCAACCGCACAAGAGAGCACCCAUACUGGAUUGGCCUGAGUGACUCAGAAACGGAGGGUACCUGGCUCUGGGCAGGCAUAACCUUGCUGCAAAAAGGAUUCUGGAGGAGUGGAGAACCGGAUGACCAUUACUGGACAGAGAACAAAACCCAGGGAAAAAUAAAAGAUGCAGACUGUGUAGUUACUGUACCUGAUGAGAACACAUGGGAAGAUACUCGCUGCUUUUCUAAUUAUAAGUUUGUCUGUGAGACUGACGCUCUUUUGUUCUAAACAGUCUGUCAUGAUGGAUGAUGUGAAUACCAUUAAUUUGUAUUUGGAAACUAUUUGACCAUAUGUCAGAUAGUGAAGCUUGGCUCUGUUCAAUUUAAUUUCUUUAAUCGGCUGAUGGAGUAAUUAAGAGGACAAUCACUUUUUCACAUGGGUGAUAUGGGUGUUUGAUAACUUUUUAAUAACAUAAAUUGUGUUUACUUAAUUUCCCUUUAUGUAAUAUUACUUUUGUCUGAAGAUCUUAAGCCAUUCAGUGUGACAAAAAUGCAAUUAUGAGGAAAUCAGGAAAGGGCCACAUACUUUUUCACAGCACUGUAAAUAAUCUUUGAAUUAUAAAAGAGACAUAACCGGCAUUAGGUUAUAACCAGCAUGUGAGUUCUUGUUUGAAGUCUUGGUCUUGUCUUUUCACAACAUUUUUACACAAAAAGCAACUGUUAACCAACAAAAUGAGUAAGAAGGUUGAAGGGAUUUACUUCAAAAACAAAAUAUGAUUUUGAGGGUUUUGUGCUGGCUGACAUUUUUUUACAGUAUACUAGCUGGCUAACUUCAAUACCCAAGACUCCUCACUAUUCUAUACAUGUACAGACUGAGAUUAAGAGCUGUAAAUAUAAUAGAACUGCGUGCAUACUUUUCAUUUUCUGACUAUUAUUGGCAUGUGCAAUGUAUUACCUUCAGAUUUCACCUAUUUGCAAUAAGGGCUUAACCAGAUUAGAAAUGCAAUGACCAGACAGCAUCAUGGAGAAGUGGAAACAGGUGCCUUGUGGGGAUUUUUUCAGCCGUGACACUCACUUCAGCGUGGAGAGCUGCACGUGUUCUCAGCAUGAAAGCAAAAAUCACUGAUCUCUGAUUCACAUGAUUCUCUUUUCUUGACGUACUGGCUACUGAUUCUGAAACGCAGUAAAAUGUAACUACACAAAUGUUUAUGCAUUUUACCCUGCUUACCCUUUUGAGUCUGCGGUGAGACUCGUUGACAUGUUUACUGUGGUCUUUAAAUGAAAGUCAACCUGGUGAGAAGAACUGCAGGCUAAGAACUGCAGACCUGUAACUGAACAGGAAAUGUUGUGGUUGUAGAUAAGGGAGUGUUGCUUUUCACAUGCCGUUUGACUCUUAUGAAGGAUCUUGUUCGCUUGAGUGAGGCCCAUUUAUCAGUGGGGUAUGGCUCAUGAUCCAGAGUGUGUUGGUGUGGACUGUGUGUCUCAGCUCUCAGCAAGGGAGACACAGAAACAGAGGAGACCCGACUCUGGGUUAAUGUACUGUAGCUCCGCUCCAGAGGGGCAGGAAAUCUAACAGACACAUUACAGUGGAUACAUACACAUUCAAAGGAGAAUAUGGAGAGUAUGAAGCAAACAGAAAACUUGGCAAGAAACCACAUCAACCACCAUUGUAUAUGAAUCUCCACAACAUUUAUCCGUUUCUGCACUUAAUUUUGCCCUCUUACCUGUACAUCUAUUAAUUACACAUGUUAACCUUUGACUGUCCAGUAGUCAGUAUGGUGGGAGUGGUCUGAACACCAUGUAAUCCAGUAUAAUCACUGACUAGACCCAGUGAUUCCUUAAUUACAAUCUGCAGUCAUGCAGUGCUGUAACAGGGACAGAGAAUGGAGACAACACUCACUUGCAGGCAGAAAGUGAAAAUUAGAGCUGUUUCUGUGUCUCCUUCAGCCUCUGUGCUUAUCUUACAGGUUCUAGUGGAGGGUAGAGCCAGGUGACCACUGCAUGAAUCAUAUAGCACCUAUAUGCAGACUGUAAUUACUGUGUCUGCUGAGAAUACAUAGACCAAUGCACACAGCUUUUUUAACCAGACGCCUGCUUGAGAUUGCCAUUCUGCUUCCAUAAACGUCACAUUUUGUGAUGAUUGAUAAAAAAACGGAAAUGGAAAAGUUUUAUUGUGACGCUUAAAAUGCACUGUUACUCUCAGUUACUGUGACAGAGGUUUAAUUGACUGGUAUGAUGUAGUGUGGUUAAAUAUGUUUAAAAGCAGUGGAGCCACUUUCUAAUCUCAUCAUUUAUUUGAUGAUGCAUAUAAUCAUGAG